AUGCAGUCCACCAGGUCGCUCAAUGCGUGUAUUGCUUGCUCUUCCCAUAAGCGUAAAUGCGACAGGCUUAUCCCCGUCUGCAGGCGCUGUGCUCUGCGCAAUCUACCCUGUCAGUAUGGCGGACCUGGUGCCAUGCAGAAUAUAUCUCUCCGCUCCUCGCAGACCGUACCGAAUUCAUUAGAACCUGCCAGUCGAUGGUGCUCGCCAUACUACUUCCAUCAAUUUGCGACCCGAGCUCGCGGAGCAGACGAACUGGACGACUGUCUAACAUCAUGUCUGUUCGUCAAGCUUCGACAGUUUAACAUUGAUCUGGAUAGAGCUAUCACUCGCUAUGUGCAGUGCGUACAUCCAUGGCUGCCGAUGAUUCACCCGAUAUUCCUGCGCCAAAGAGUUGCCUCCUUACGAGAUGCACCCUGUGCCGAAUCUGCAUCUCUCGCCCUCCAUGUGCUCCUUAUAACCCCGCCGGAGCCCACAUCCAUAAUCCCUGAUAAUCGAUUACCCUCCCUAUAUAACGAGUGCAAGUCUAUAUUCUCGCUUAUGCAGGUAUCUCGGCCCGACCGGCUUGCUACUAUCCAAUCAGGACUGCUUCUAUCUAUUUAUGAGCGCGGCAUUGGCCAUUUUCCCGGCUCAUAUACAACGCUCGCUUCCUGUGCAAGUCUAGGAGUUGUGAAUGGUCUGCGCCAGUCUCAUACAUAUACUUCCAUCUUCGACGAGGAGAAACGGCGUGUAUGGUGGGCCAUAUAUCUCCUCGACAGACUCUUCUAUCACUCGGACGAAACCAUUGACCGGACUUUUCUUAUUCAGAAUGCUCAGCUAGGCGAUGAGCUUCCUGCUGAUGACGAUCUGUGGAGUCGAACCUCUGACCUUGGUCCGUGGACCCCAGAUAUCCCGAGACUCUCCUCCGAUGCUUUGGGCAGAAAAGUUGGAUGUUUUGCGCUUCAAGUCCAGGCCGUGUAUUUUCUGGACAUGGUCUUGCAGUCAACGAAAUCCCAACUAGCGACUCCCGCGGGAUUAUCUGAGCUUGAUACUCACAAGCUUGAUGUAUUAAUCCGGCGGGUCACCAUGGACACAAUAAAUGCCUUUGACAAAGACUGGGAGACUUUAUACAGAGCAGUAGUUAUAUUUCUUUUAGCCCUCAUGGAACUGCACAAGGGUAUGCUGAUGACUCCUUCAAAUAACGCCAGCAGUCCAGCAUCCCGAUCCGAGAGCGCUUCCACAGCAACAGCAACUAUAGAAAUGACACUGAAUAUCCUGCACGACAUUGUUCGGAUGGAUGACGUCCUGAAAGUCCAGAGGAUGCCGCUGGCGGCCGUUGUGCUGCUUCAAAAGGCUGGGUCCAUGGCUUGCUGGCUGCAGAUAAAUCAUGGACGCAGAGUCGAAGCUCUCCAGCCGGUCAUUGAAUCCCUGGAACGAGCAAGCCGGCGAUGGGUGGUUGCAGGUGAAAUUGCGUCCCAGCUCCGUAUUACGAGCUGA